AUGACGAGUUAGCAAGUGACGACGAAGGCAAAUGGCAAAUGCUAGCGCUAACGCUGUCGCAAACGGGCAGCUAAGCUAUCUGGCGCUGGCGUACUAGUGACAAUAGCAUUGGCAGUGGCAGUGGCAGCAGCGUGUGAUUUGUGUUGUUUUAUUAUUGCCAGGCAGCUUGUAUAAUGAUACAGGCUGUAACGAUGACAUAUAAUGCAGCAGCCGUACAAACAACAAAUACAAACCAGUGAAGAUGUACUGGGGCGUGUGCGGUGUGACUGAUACAUCAGGAAAUGUGAAUGAUCUACAUGCAAACAGUGUUCAAAGUGUGCAUUAAUAAAGGGCAAUGCAAACGACUUAAAAAAGCGCAUUGACCCGAUUUAUUAUCGGAUUCCAGAACUGAUCUGUGGUAGACGUUGUCUUCAAAAAACAAAAACAAAAAAAAUAAUAUUAUCCCUCCGGUAAACUUGCACAUCAACAUUUGUUAAUUGAUUCAGUAUUUACUAACUCACAGUUAGCUACUUUGCACACUGUUGGUGCAUCGCAUAUUUUUUAACUGCACUCAGGCAGCAGAGAACAACAGAUAAUGCAGCGUAAACUGUUGCUCUACGCGCUUCUCUUCUUAGCUGUGACGUCCCAAAAAUGCCAUGUAGUCGAAAGUGGCGGCCCACCCAGUGAUACGAUGGGCGCCAUUGCCGCGAAUCGCUACAAUGCUGAACAGCAACAGCAGCAGCAUCAUCUGCAUGCAUCGGCACAUCAUCAAGGUAGUACUGGCGGCGGUGGCGGUGGGAGUAACAGUGGUGCGCCGAUCCCCGCAGUGUCUUCAGCUGCGCAUGCCCAAUACCAUGCAUCUCCAUCGGGCAGUGGUCACAUGGAGCAUCGAAAUUCGUAUAAUCUUCUAAGUGAAGCCAUGUCACAGGCUGUCAGCAAUGAGUUCAGUUCAUUGGGCAGUGGCUCUGCUGAUGGUGCUUGCCAUGCAGAUGAUCUGGAUUGCUAUAGUGGAAAUCUGCAGGAUCGUUUGGGUAUGGAAGCUAUACGUACACUGCAUCGUCAACUCGAUGAUGACGACAAUGGCAAUAUCGAUUUGAGCGAAUCGGACGACUUUUUACGUGAAGAACUGAAGUAUGAUUCUGGAUAUGAGAAGCGUCAGAAAGCGUUCCAUUUCAACGAUGAUAUGCAUAUAUCGGUGAAGGAGUUGUGGGAGGCUUGGUUACGCUCGGAGGUGCACAACUGGACUAUGGAACAAACUACGGAUUGGUUAGCGCAAUCAGUGCAAUUACCACAAUAUGUUGAACUAUUUCGUUUGCAUAAAGUAACCGGAGCAACAUUGCCACGGUUGGCAGUGAAUAAUAUGCAUUAUGUGGGCAAUGUGCUGGGCAUAAAGGAUCCCAUUCAUAAGCAGAAAAUUGCGCUCAAAGCGAUGGAUGUUGUGCUUUUCGGGCCACCGCGUGAAACGGGCACACGAUGGAAAGAUUAUAUUUUAGUGACCUUAUUACUCAGUGCAAUUAUCGGCUGCUGGUAUGCAUAUCAACAGAAUAAAAAUGCUAAAAGACAUUUGCGACGGAUGGCACAAGAUAUGGAGGGACUGCAGCGUGCCGAACAAAGCUUACAAGAGAUGCAAAAGGAAUUAGAACGUGCUCGCAUGGAACAGGAAAAUGUUGCUACCGAAAAAAUGGACUUGGAACGUCGCCUGAAAGAGGCCCCCGCACUUUCAUCAUCCAGUUCAGAUCUGGAGGUGCAAAAGUUGAAAAAAGAAAUCGAAAUAUUGCGUACUGAGUUGUCGCGCGCUGAAAUCGAAUUGGUGGACAAUUGCUGGACACCACCACCACAACUACAAUCCUGGUUGCAGUAUACCUACGAGUUGGAGAGUAAAAACCAUAUGAAGAAGCGCAUUUCAGCCGAGAAACAAUUGCAGUCAGCGCGCGAAGCAUGUGAAAAAUUGCGCAAAAAGCGCUCAAGUCUAGUUGGUGCGUUUGUUUCGACGCAUGGGAAGAGUAUUGAUGAUGUGGAUCGUUCUAUUGUAGAGGCGCGCAAUGCACUCAGUGAAGUGACGAACGAAUUGCAGGAGCGCUUACAUCGUUGGAAACAAAUUGAAAACUGUCUUGGUUUUAAUAUUGUCAAUAAUAAUGGCUUGCAGUAUUUAGAAAAUGUGCUGUACAGUCGGAAUGGUGGCAGCAGCGUUGGUUCGAACAAGGGUUCACGAGGACGCAUCACGAGCAGCAGCGAUGACUUAGAUGAUGAAUCUGUGCAAGAACUUCUAUACAUUUAUCCAGGCAUGUUGGACAACUACAGCCGCAGUUCGGUUGGUUUAAGCGGUGGCAGCAGUGGCAUCCUAAACAACAACUCUAAUGCGUUAUGUGAUGAUUCAUCGGGUAGCGAGGAUGCUAGCGAGGGUCCAAUGCAUCCGCCGGUCCAAUUUAUAUUGGGUGGUGCACCCACGCCUUCUUUGAAGAACUCUACGUCAAUGACAUCGGCAUCCAGCGUUCCAUCACGUGCUUGUGCUGCCGCCACUCAUUCUCCGCAAGAUGCGACAACGCUUAACCAUAUCGGAACUAUUGGUAACUCAACGAAUGCUAUUGGAACGCCUGUGGCGACGCCUGUGCCAAUUACGACCCCACCGCCGUUACCACCACAUAAUAAUACACACAAUUCGAGUUAUUAUUUAAAUGAUAGCCUGGCUGGUGGUGACGACAGUCGUCAUAGUCCGUCUUCAUCUGAACGCUCCAUUCCGGUACCGCCACGUUUGAAGAAACACAAUUCGUCUAAUUUAGUUGUGUCACCAACGGCAGCAAUAUCAACAAUAAUACCUCCACCUAUACCACCGCCACCGCCAUUGCCACCACAUCUCGCAGUAGUCGGUAUUUUGAAUCGUGCACCACUUCCUCCACCUCGCAAGUCUACUCCGAGCCAACUUUUGCGAUCCCAAAGCACGGACCUGGUACCAAUGGAAAUCUACACGUUCCUUAAUAGACAACAGCAACAGCAUAACACGAAAUCGAGCGCUAACGGCAACAACAACGGCCUAUCUGCGGGACAGCAAUUCAUCGGUGGCGGAAGCGGAGUUGGCGGAAACAUUAGCGGAACCAACAGCAAGAAGAUGGUCAAGCAGCACAGCACAACUAGCCAACAGUCCACAUCGUCUACAUCAUCGUCCAUCCAUUCAACCCCAUCCGCACCAGCGGCUGUCGGCGCAGACGUACACAGCGGCAGCAGCAGUGGCGGCGGCAGCAAAGGACAAUCCCCUGGACGAUGGUCAUCAUAUGAGCGCAUCUUGCCAAUCCAUCAACAACAGCAGCAGCACGAACAUCAACUCCUUAUUUGGCAGCCAUUGCAGUCUGUGCAGCAACAGCAACUCCAGCACAAUCAGUCAACCAAUCAGCAUGGACCACAACAGCAGCAUGCACAACACACUGGAGACCAGGAGUCCUUCAAGCAGUCUCAGUACACAGCAACUGCUGGAAAGCCGCCAGCAAUCAACCAAUACCAACAGUUGCCCACUUCACUUGGCUUGCAGUCGCUGUGCCGGGAGACACAUCAGCAUGGGAAUGUUGACGCCACCGCCACCACCACAUCUACGUCAACUCUUGCGUCGGCACACAGUGAUACCCAAAUGGAGGAGCAACUGUUGCUCAACGCCGACAGCGCAAGUCUCGAUGGGGGAGGCACCAUCAAGAAGCGAAAACGACGCCUGCGCUUCCCUUUCGGCGGCGGACAUCGCAAAUCCGCCAGUAAUGCCAGCGCCAGUAGUGGCAGCACCGCAAGUGCUGGCGCCAAUCCCAGCUCAAACAAAAAUACAUAGCUCACAUAGCUCUGGCUGUUUGACUACAUCCUACAACGUUUUAGUAGGAGAUGUAGAGGAGACGGUAAGAAGGGACCGACAGCGACAAAGCGACGAUGACGACAAAAGGGA